AUGCGCUUCAUCAACUCCAUCACCGUCCUCUCCCUAGCAGGCCUAGGCCUCGCCUCGCCGAUUGCCGGCUUAACCGACGGUCUCACCGGCGGGAAGGACGGCGCCACCAGCGGAACCGACGGCCUCACCAGCGGCUCCGGCGCGACCGGCGCUGUCGGUGGUCUCGUACCGGGCGGUCUUGGCCUGCGUGACGACAAACACAAGCGCUACUCUGGUCAGGGCGCCCGCCGCCGUCAAGACGAAGAGGAGAGUAGUGGAAACGGUGUCCUCCUCCGUACCCGCGGAGAGCACGGUGGUGAGCACGGUGGUGAGCAUGGUGGUGAAGGCCAGGGCCAUGGCAACAGCCAGGGGAAUGGCAAAGGCAAAGGAGAGGGCAAAGGGAAUGGUAAGGGGGAGGGCCAGGGAAAUUUCAAGCCGAAGGGCAAGGGUCAGGAUAAGGGUAAAGGUGAGAACGAGGGUCAUUACGAGGGCAGCAGCCAGUCCAAGUACAAGGGCCAGCCCAAGGGUGACCACGAAGGCAAAGGCUCUGGCGAAGGGAACGGCAAGUGCAACGAGGCGCGGCACACGCCCUGCCUGCACCCUGACGACGUUGAUAUCCUGGUGGACGCCUACGUGCGCAUGCUUUCUCAUUGGAACGACACCGACGCCAAGUACCUCGCCGAGAACUUCCGCGACACCUCGGACAGCAUCAACAUCCUGGCCGGCAUGCCGCUCGGCGGCCCAACCUUCCCGACGAAGCAGGCGUUCAUCGACCACCAGCACACUCAGCCUGACAACCUCCCGCUGGAGAUCACGCACAAGUCGCCCUACUCGUGCGACGAGAUCGCCCUGAUCUGGCAGGCCACCUUUGGCAAGGCCCAGAAGCAGGUGCGCGGCCUGACCAUCCUCGGCGCCACCAAGGACCACGGCGACUGGCAGAUCGAGACCCUCGACGUCGAGUUCAACAGCAUCGCCUACCUGCUCGACAUUGGUGGUUCCUACACCCUCCCGCCGCCGCCGCCGUCCUCUUAA